AUGAAGCUUGUGGUCCCAGAGCCUCGUGAAAAUGAGCAGAGCUGUAAUAACAUUGAUGGGGUUGGACAAUCAGGACAUCCAGCUUUCAUCCCCAAGUGUAUUACCGAUAAAAAAUACCCACUGGCGGUCAUUCUUGUGGUCACUAUUCUGCUCAUUGUCAUCAUCACCUUGGCUGUCCGAAAACCGCAGCCUUGUUCACCGUGCCCUCCUGCUGCUGAUGCUGCCUGCCCAGACCGCUGGAUCGGGUACCACGGAAAAUGCUACUAUAAAUCCGAACAUGAAGGGGAUUGGAAUGCCAGUGGAACGACCUGUUCCAAAUUCGGUGCUACCCUGGCAUUGAUUGAUUCGCACUGGGACCUGAGUUUUUUAGUGAACUUGACUCGCCCUGAUCAUCACUGGAUUGGCCUCUCGAGACAAACCGGCCAGGUCUGGACAUGGCAGAAUGGCACAGAGUUUGAAAACCAGUUCCUUGUGCGAGGAGACAACAGGUGUGCGUACCUGGAUGACACUGGGGUCAGUAGCACCAGGUGCUCCCAAGAGAAAAACUUCCUCUGCAGCCAGCCAGAUGCCUGUUCCCGGAAGAAAAAACCAAACCUUGCUGGAAGGGACACGUGACCUACUUGGCAUGGAAGAUGACCAAAGUCACCUUGUGAAUGAUGACAGGAGUCUGUGGAGGAGCAUUCACUCUUCAGGGGUAGUACAGUGUCUGAGGCCAUGAUUAACACUGCUCUCGCCCUUUUCAUCUGAUCGUGACAGCUGUGAGAACAGAGUUGAAGGAUUAUAACAUUUACCAAAGAGAGAGAUGAAUCAGGAAGUCCCCGGAUUUGCACCUUCCCUCUGCAGCGAACCUACUACAUGGCCUUAGCAAUCUCGUGUCUUGCGGCCCCUAUUUCUUCCUAUGGACACACACACUCAUCAACAUACAGGAAUAACAAUCCUGAGGCCUGCAAGCUAAUGCACAUGAAGCCUUCUGAAAGUACCAGUGCCUCCACACAUAUUGAGAGCCUCUGAAAAGGGGGAGGAAAAAGAGGUUGCAAGGUUGCAGCCCAGAGACCCAGCCCCCAGCACAGCAUCAGGAGAUGAGACUGCUACUCUCCCAUGCUUCUCCCCUUGGUCUUGUGAUCGCCCCCCUUUCACAAGUUGGGUGGCACCUCCUUGGACACCUCCAUGUCACAGUAGGAAGGACAGCAGAUAUCCCUACAAGGUUGGUGGAAGCCGUGGUUGCUUCAUAUCUUGACGCUUCGUCGUAUUUAAGGGGCCAAUGGAGAUCUUUUUGAGUUAGUAUCUUUAGGUCUUCCAAGAAGUAGGGAGAAGUAGGAGCACUGGCCAGGAGCAUCCAUGGUUAUUUAUGUACAUGUCCUCCAGUUACUGUGUAGAAUGGGAGUGAUUAUGGUGCUUCCCGUUUUCUCUAGCACUGGAAGAGAAUAGGUAUGGAAGGAAAUGCUUAAAAGAAACAAAGAGGUGGAGAGUAGGGCAAGGGAGAGAGUGGGGUUAAAUUCUUUUCACUGUGUUCUGCUUGUUGAACCCCUACCACAUGUGUUACAUGUAUACGGAAAGAUACACCAAAACCCCCAUAUCAUCUAGAAUUAGAGGUGAGGGAACAGAAAAAUAGAAGAUACCCUCCACCUACUGGGAACGAAGAGAGUUCGAACACCCCAAGGUCCCUGACACUCCUGAUAUUUAAGCAAACUUUGGGUGGCAGUAAUGCAUUCUCAUUCCAUAUUAUGGCCAAUGAAUCCAUUCCCCUUUAGUUCAACUAUGACAUUCCUGUAUUUUUACAUUAGUGUACUGUGCCUAUUUAAUGUUGUUAUUGAAUUUAUAUUUGAGGGUAGUGACUUAUAUAUAGAUUAUGUUUUUGUCUAUGGUUGCUAAAGUGGGUGCUUGAAUAUAAACUU